AUGAGCUUGGAGUGGGUUCCUCCAUUUCAACUGUUUGAUCUACUAUCAGCCUCCUGCAAAUUGGGACCUCAUUUUCCUAGUUGGCUUCGUACUCAAAACCGGUUGAGUGAGCUUGAUAUCUCCAAUUCUGAAAUUUCAGAUGUCCUCCCAGACUGGUUUUGGAAUGUAACCUCAACUGUCAAUACCUUGAGUAUUUCCAACAAUCGGAUCAAAGGAACCUUACCCAAUUUAUCAUCAACAUUUGAACGUUUUUCUAACAUAGAUAUGAGCUCAAACUGUUUUGAGGGUUCAAUACCACAACUUCCUUAUGAUGUGCAAUGGUUGGAUCUCUCCAAUAACAAGUUAUCGAGGUCCAUUUCUUUAUUAUGUACAGUUGGUACUGAGUUACUUCUACUUGACCUCUCAAACAACUCGUUGUCGGGAGGGCUGCCCAAUUGUUGGGCGCAGUGGAAAAGCUUGGCAGUCCUUAAUUUGGAAAAUAACAGAUUUUCUGGGCAAAUUCCAAAUUCAUUUGGCUCCUUGCGAUCAAUUCGAACACUACAUUUGCGCAACAACAAUUUAACUGGAGAAUUGCCUUUGUCUUUUAAGAAUUGUACAAGUUUGAGGUUCAUUGAUUUGGCAAAAAAUAGGUUAUCAGGAAAAAUACCAGAAUGGAUUGGAGGAAGCCUCCCAAAUCUGAUUGUUCUAAACCUAGGAUCUAAUAGAUUCAGUGGAGGUAUAUCUCCAAAGCUAUGCCAAUUGAAAAAUAUUCAAAUAUUGGACCUCUCUAGCAACAAUAUGUUAGGUGUUGUACCGAGAUGUGUUGGUAGUUUCAUUGCCAUGACUAAGAAAGGGAGCUUGGUCAUUGCUCAUAAUUAUUCAUUUACAGACUAUGAUAAUUGUAGUUAUUUCAAUUGCAUGCCUACAAAUGCCUCUUAUGUUGAUAGGGCAUUGGUUAAAUGGAAAGCAAGAGAAUUUGAUUUUAAAAGUACCCUUGGGCUUGUAAAGAGUAUUGACCUUUCAAGCAACAAACUAUCGGGGGAAAUUCCAGAAGAAGUAAUUGAUCUUGUAGAAUUAGUUUCAUUAAACUUAUCAAGGAACAAUUUGACUAGACUGAUUCCUGCAAGAAUUGGUCAAUUGAAAUCAUUGGAGGUUCUUGAUUUGUCUCGAAAUCAACUCUUUGGUGAAAUUCCAGCUAGCCUUGUUGAAAUAAGUGAUCUAAGUGUCUUAGAUCUCUCUGACAACAACUUGUCCGGUAAAAUUCCACAAGGUACUCAACUUUAAAGCUUCAAUAUUGAUUCCUACAAGGGAAAUCUUGCACUCUGUGGAUUGCCUCUUCUGAAAAAGUGUUCUGAAGUUAAAAUAAAGCAGGAUUCUCCCACUCAUAACAUUGAAGACAAAAUUCAGCAAGAUGGAAAUGACAUGUGGUUUUAUGUUAGCGUUGCUCUUGGAUUCAUUGUUGGAUUUUGGGGAGUGUGUGGAACUUUACUACUCAACAACUCCUGGAGAUAUGCCUAUUUCCAAUUCUUGAAUAAAAUAAAAGAUUGGCUCUACGUGAUUAUAGCAAUAAAUAUGGCUAGAUUACAAAGGAGUCUCCAAAGCUAAAUGGACUGCAACUCUUGUUCUUGCCAUAUUAGCAUGGUUGAAUGCAAAUCGUUGUGUCCUUCCUUCUGUGAUUGAUCUUGGGAUGUAAUAGGUUUCUUGUUUUAUUUUAAGGAUUUCUUAUGUUCUUUAAAUGCAUAUUUUAUAUUAUAUUCAGAAAUUUCUGUGACA